AUGGAAAACAGUUUGCUGGCGAAGGAGCAGAACUUCAAUGACAGCACAGCAUCAAACGACGUAGAAGACAGUGCUUAUGAAGAACCCCCUACGCACCGUAAGGUUGUUUACGACCUUUUCCUGUGGCUCUUGAGCAACAUCUUUGACUGUUUCUUCCGCGAAAUUCGGAGUAGAGGCCGCUACAAGAUUCCCACUCAAGGCCCUGUUAUUUUUGUUGCUGCUCCUCAUGCGAACCAGUUUAUUGAUCCCGUCAUUCUGAUGGGCCAAGUGAAAAAAGCUGUCAACAAGAGGGUCUCGUUUUUGGUAGCCGAGAAAUCACUUUCAAGAAAAGCCAUUGGGACUCUUGCCCGUUGCGCCAUGUCCAUUGGUGUCGGAAGAGCACAGGACAACUUAAAAAUUGCCGCUGGUAAAAUUAUGGUAAGUGACGAUAACUCUCGCAAAAUCAUUGGCCGAGGAACAAAAUUCGCACAAGAAUUCGAAGCACAGGGUUUGAUAGGACUUCCCAAAUCUCUUGGAAAUGCAGUUAUUGAAUCCAUUGAAAGUGAUACCGUCUUGUAUAUUCGGAAGGAAUUCAGGCAAACCAAACCUGAGGUAAAACUUUUGUUGACCAAGGGAACAUCAUACAAGUAUGCUCCAAAAGUCGACCAAAAGAAGGUGUAUCACCGUGUAUUUGAACAUCUGGCUCACGAUCAGUGUGUAGGUAUCUUUCCUGAAGGUGGCUCGCACGACCGCACCGACUUACUUCCAUUAAAGGCUGGUGUAGCCAUAAUGGCCUUGGGUUGUAUGAGCAAACAUCCUGAAGUAAAUGUCCAAAUUGUUCCCUGUGGUAUGAACUACUUUCAUCCCCACAAAUUUAGAUCUAGGGCAGUUGUUGAAUUUGGUAACCCAAUAGAAAUAACACCCGAGUUGUUGCAGAAAUACCGAGAAUCAGAAACCAAUAAAGACGCUGUAAAGGAGUUGUUGGAUAAAAUCUCUGGUGGUCUUAAGGCAGUGACAGUGACUUGUCCUGAUUACGAGACCUUGAUGGUUGUCCAGGCCGCCAGAAGGUUAUAUGCAGGUCAUUUGUCCGCCAAGCUGCCACUUUCGUUGGUCAUUGAAAUGAACAGACGUUUAGUUAAAGGUUAUCAAACCUACAGAGAAGACCCAAGAAUAAAACAACUCAAAGAAGAUGUCUUAAGGUACAAUGCUAAUCUUCGUCACUUCAAUAUUCCUGACCAUCAAGUUGAGUCUGCGAAGAUCAACUUCGCAAAGAACCUUGGCCUCCUUGUAAUAAGAUCCCUGCGGCUAUCUAUUUCUUUGAUUUUGGCUUUGCCUGGUAUCAUCAUGUUCUCUCCCGUUUUCAUAGUGGCCAAGGUUAUUUCAAAGAAGAAAGCUACCCAGGCGUUGGCUGCCUCUACGGUUAAGAUCAAGGCCAAUGAUGUCAUUGCAACCUGGAAGAUUUUGAUUGGCAUGGGAUUUGCACCGCUGCUUUACACCGUAUGGUCUGUUUUGUUGACAUACUACUUCAGAAACUCAAUUACCAGAAAUAAGUUUGCCAGUUUCAUUGGAAUUUACAUUUUAUGCACCGUUGUGACUUAUUCUGCAUUGAUUAUUGGUGACAAUGGAAUGGAUGUUUUCAAGUCCUUAAGGCCCUUGUAUCUUUCAAUAACCACUCCGGGAAUUUUCAAAGACUUGCAAAAUGAGAGACGAGUGCUGGAGGAAAAGAUCACCGAAAUGGUCAACACGCUGGGUCCAGAACUUUACCCCGGUUUCGACGGUGUAAGCUUAUCUGAUAAAUACAGGAAUGGAAUGAUUUCCUCUGAUGAAGAUGAGGAAAAGAAGACGAACGAAUUGAAAAGAAGAAGACAGUUAAGAAAGCGGAAAGAAAGCGGCAAGCAGAUUUCUAGAAAAGGUGUUGAGACAGAUGGUGAGAGCGAUGCUUUGUCAAUGAUCAACAGUGACAACUCUUUGUCAAAUAUUCCACUAUUUUCAAACAUGGGUGAUAGGUCCGGGUCUGUAUCUUCGUUGACGUCAUUCAGUUCCGGAUUCGAGGUUAUUGAGGAUAUGACCAAAACAGAUGAGCUCAGCGGUAAGAUAGCUCAUGCAGUUCGUGAAAAAAGAGACUAA